AUGAUCUAUGGACGCAGUUUGUUUCACAUUAUAGCAAGUUUAAUCAUCCUCCAUUCUUCUGGAGCAACCAAGAAAGGAACAGAAAAACAAAUCACCUCAGAAACACAGAAGUCAGUGCAGUGUGGAACUUGGACAAAGCAUGCAGAGGGAGGUGUCUUUACUUCUCCCAACUAUCCCAGCAAGUACCCUCCUGACCGAGAGUGUGUCUACAUCAUAGAAGCUGCCCCAAGGCAGUGCAUUGAACUCUACUUUGAUGAAAAAUACUCGAUUGAACCAUCUUGGGAGUGCAAAUUUGAUCACAUUGAAGUACGAGAUGGCCCUUUUGGCUUUUCUCCAAUAAUCGGAAGGUUCUGUGGACAGCAGAAUCCACCUGUAAUAAAAUCUAGUGGAAGAUUUCUGUGGAUUAAAUUUUUUGCUGAUGGCGAGCUGGAGUCGAUGGGAUUUUCAGCUCGAUAUAAUUUCACACCUGAUCCUGACUUUAAGGACCUUGGAGUUUUGAAACCAUUGCCAGCUUGUGAGUUUGAGAUGGGCGGUCCUGAAGGAAUCGUGGAGUCCAUACAAAUUCUGAAAGAAGGCAAAGCUUCUGCCAGUGAAGCCGUGGAUUGCAAGUGGUACAUCCGAGCCCCACCACGAUCCAAGAUUUACUUACGUUUCUUGGACUAUGAGAUGCAGAAUUCAAAUGAAUGCAAAAGGAACUUUGUGGCCGUGUAUGAUGGAAGCAGCUCGGUGGAGGACUUGAAGGCCAAGUUCUGCAGCACCGUGGCUAAUGACGUCAUGCUGCGCACAGGCCUGGGGGUGAUCCGCAUGUGGGCGGACGAGGGCAGUCGCAACAGCAGGUUUCAGAUGCUCUUCACAUCCUUCCAAGAGCCUCCUUGUGAAGGCAACACAUUCUUCUGCCACAGUAACAUGUGUAUUAACAACACGCUUGUCUGCAAUGGGCUCCAGAACUGUGUGUACCCCUGGGAUGAAAAUCACUGUAAAGAAAAGAGGAAAACCAGCCUGCUGGAUCAGCUGACCAACACCAGUGGGACAGUCAUUGGCGUGACUUCCUGCAUUGUGAUCAUCCUUAUUAUCAUCUCUGUCAUUGUACAGAUCAAACAACCUCGUAAAAAAUAUGUCCAAAGGAAGUCAGACUUUGACCAGACCGUUUUCCAGGAGGUGUUUGAGCCUCCUCACUAUGAGUUAUGUACGCUCAGAGGAACCGGAGCAACGGCUGACUUUGCAGAUGACUUUGAUAAUUAUCACAAACUGCGUAGAUCAUCUUCCAAAUGCAUUCAUGACCAUCACUGUGGAUCCCAACUGUCCAGUGCAAAAGGCAGCCGCAGUAACCUCAGCACAAGGGACACUUCCAUCUUGGCAGAGAUACCCACCCAGCCAGUCAAGCCCCUCAUCCCACCCGUGAACAGGAGGAACAUCCUGGUCAUGAAACACAACUACUCGCAAGAUGCUGCAGACGCCUGUGACAUCGACGAGAUUGAGGAGGUGCCCACCACAAGCCACAGGCUAUCCAGACAUGAGAAAUCCGUCCAGCGGUUCUGCCUCAUUGGGUCUCUAAGCAAACAUGAAUCUGAAUACAACACAACUAGGGUCUAA